AUGACCUCUACUAUUUACGCUGCGUUCGUGUUGCAACAACACGAACUGGAAUCCAACGGCGACUUAACGCAUCAGAUCAUGAUAUUCACUGAAUCCGAAGACCCCGCGCACUCGCCGUACGUUAAGAUGAAGAACGUGUCCAUGGACGUGCUGGCCGAGGCGAUACAAAAACGGCUAGGCGACCACAGCGCGUACAAGUUUUUGAACCGACGGUCGGACGACGACCGCGACGGCGUUAUGCUGUACGCGAUUCCGACGGUGGAAACCGACGACGAAGAGCUUGACCAGUUCAAGUUUGUGUCCAGCCACGAGGGGACGAAGAGGGUGUUGACCGAGGUCAUGGAGGAUUUGGGCUGCGAGUACACUCGCCUGUUGCCGGACAUCGAGAUCUCACGCGUCGAUUCGAUGGCCACCUGGACGCUGACCGUGUCCGAGAGCCACGAGUACCACGAACUGAGACUGACGCCGGGAAAUCGGUGCACCAAUGACGACGUGACGCCGCACACGAGCACCGCCGAGUUGCAGAUCAAUAACAUUCGUCUGUCGGAGAUAUUGUACUUGGCCGAGUACACGCAUACGAUAAGUCCAAAUUUGGAGCGUUACUGUGACGUGCCGUUGUAUCUGGGCUCCAAACGGACUUGCGAGAGAUUUAAAUUCCCCAAGACGGCCAAGACGUCUGCGCAAAUUGUGCGGGAAAUACAGCGCAAGAUCGACAGAACGCACGUACCUCUUUCCGAGCUGUGGAACAUAGUCAUGGGCGGUGUCAAAUUUUUUAUAUAA